GGGAUUCUCAGAGGCUCUUGAUGCCUCCAGUUCUGUCGUGUCUCCUGCCAAUCCUUUGGGCUGAAGCCAAACCCAGAGAUGGGUAAGCACCUCCUGCUGUCACUGGUCAUCCUGUCCUCAUUGCUGGGCUCCCUGCAAGCUCUACAAUGCUUUCAUUGUGAUCGAGUCAAUGCCAAUGGGGUUUGCGUGACUGGGGAAAGAUUCUGCCAGGCUAAAGAAUUCCAGCAGUGCUAUGUGAGGAAGGUCUAUGAAGAUAACAUCAUUUCCUAUGGAUACCAGGGUUGUAGCAGCCUAUGUUCUCCUAUGAUGCUCUUUAAUCGCAAUGUUGCUGUGGAUUGGAAAUGCUGCAAUAACUCAUCUCUCUGCAACAAGUUCUAAAGGCAGGGCCCAGCUUAUGCCCUGAUCUGGUGGAUAAAGCUGAUUCAGCAUACUUUUCAACAAUUAUAAUCUUCAAGACUACUGUGACCUGAAUGUGGUUUCCCUCCAAGAAGUCUCAGACUAGUUCCCUUUUCAGGCCCCAUUUCCUUUUCUUUCCAUUAUUGCAAGAUGCUGCAACGACAGUCUUUAAAACCAAAUUGGGGUGAAUAAUGGUG